AUGAGAUUGAUUAUCCGCGACGAUGCUGCUGCCACCAGCAACUAUGUGGCUAACUACAUUGUCGAUCGCAUCAAUGCCUACAAGCCCACUGCCCAGAACCCCUUCGUUCUCGGUCUGCCUACCGGCUCCAGUCCUCUCGGCGUUUACAAGGCCCUGGUCGAAAAGUAUAAGGCUGGUGAGAUAUCCUUUGAAAAUGUAGUCACCUUCAACAUGGACGAGUAUGUCGGCAUCCCGCGCGACCACUCCGAGUCCUACCACUCUUUCAUGUGGAAGAACUUCUUCUCCCACGUCAAUGUCCACCCCAACAACGUUCACAUCCUCAAUGGCAACGCCCCUAGCCUCGAGGCCGAGUGUGUCGCCUACGAGGACGCCAUCAAGCGUGUUGGCGGCAUUGACCUCUUCCUCGCUGGCAUCGGUGAGGACGGCCACAUCGCCUUCAACGAGCCUGGCUCCAGCCUUGCCAGUCGCACCCGCGUCAAGACGCUCGCUUACGACACCAUCCUCGCCAACUCGCGCUUUUUCGACAACGACAUCAACAAGGUGCCCCGCAUGGCGCUCACUGUCGGCGUCCAGACCGUCCUCGAGGCCCGAGAGGUCGUCGUCAUCAUCCUCGGCCAGCGCAAGUCGCUCGCCCUCCAGCGCUGCAUCGAGCAGGGUGUGAACCAUAUGUGGACGCUCUCCAGCCUCCAGCUGCACCCCCACCCCAUGAUUGUCGCUGACGAGGAUGCCACCCUCGAGCUUCAGGUCAAGACCGUCAAGAUCCCCCAACAGUACUUCAAGAGCAUCGAAAAGGUCGCCCAGGAGGCUGGCUUCCAGCAAAUCCUCCCCUCCAAGGUCCGCACCGGCAACGGCCCCGUUCCCGAGACACGCAUCGACACCGUCUCCUCCCCGACCAUCCUCGCACCCCAGCCCACUACCUCGCAGCUCCUCCGUGCCACUCCCGCCACCGAAUAUCCCGUCCGCUCCGUCUCUCCGGAGUUGAUCCCGGACCGCAUGGCCUCUCGCAUCCCGGAGCCCGCGCUCAACCAAAGAUUGACACCCAACCCCGACCAACAGGCCGCCAAGCAGGCCAACGCAGUCAAUGCCUAA